GCAUUUGCGUUUUGGCGAUGCUCCUCAGCACGGCAAGUGCUGCCCGCCACGAUGUCAUGCGCGUGCAGCAGCAUCGCGCGAGUGCGGAGGCAGAGGGCAAAAUGGUUCCCCGCGAGAUCAACUUGGCCUUGCGAAGGGCACAAAAGAGCGCACAGGAGAGGUUGGUGGACUUGGAGAAGGCCGAGGCUACCGCCAGUGCUGCGAAGGAAAACGCGGCAUCGGCAGCAACAACCAAAAUGUCGCUCAUGGAGGAUGUGAAGGCCAAGACCACUCAACAGCAGGCUCAGGUCGAGAGGAGCCGCCAGGCAAUGACCGACGCUGAGGAAGCUGCCUCAAAGCACCUCAACCACGCAGGAGACUUUGAGGAUGCAUUGGCCAAGUGGAAUGGCUUUAGCAAAGACGUGGAGGGGAUGCAAGAGAACGUGACCAGGAUGGAGGAUAAGUUGGAUGCCAAGACGAGAGAGCGAGAUGCUGCAGAGGAGGACAUGAUGGGCAAGAAGGGCGUCGUGCUGUCCGCCAACAAGAUGAAGGACGAAGCCGCAAAAGCAGCUGCUGAUGCCGACCAGGAGGCUCAAAAAGCACAGCAGGAGUUGCGAAGUCUCCAGGCCACCUUCGACAAGGCUGUCUUCAAGGCUGCCAAGGCUGAGGCAGAGUCGAAGGAGGCCGAUGGAGUUGCCCGCAAUGCCAAGAACGAUCAUGAUGAUGGAAAGAGGACCGUGGAGCUGAUUCAGAAGCUUCGAAUGGCCGUGGAAGCCUUCUACGGAGCGGUUGAUGAAUUUGCGUACAGCGAUGCUCCUACAGGCCAGAGCGAGGUUGUCAAGGACCCUCAGUUGAGGGCCGCAUAUGAGAAGUACAACGACAUGGCAACCAUCUUCGCAGAGUUGCACAAGUUCUCUCCCGACACGUACCAGAAGGUCAAGCCAUCCCUUGAGGAGAUCAACAGGAACUACCAGGAAUCGAUUGCCACGAAGUGCGACCCAACUGGCGAGCUGUCUGACGAAGACGGGGAGCCACUGCCGGGCUUCGAGGAGCAUUGUGAAACGGAAAAAUGGCGUAUGCGGCCUCCUGCUCGUUUCUUGAAGUUCACGGAAGUUGCAAAAGCGAGGCUUCAAGCCGUGGAUGGGAAGAUUCUGGUGGCCAUCGUCUUGCCUCCUGCAAUGGACACUUGUGUGCCUGUUGUAGAACUUGCGCCUCCUCGAUUUGACGUGGACACGCAGAAGCAUGAAUUCUGUGCCUAUCUGGAAGAACACGGAUACGCGGUGGUGGCAGACGUUGCCAGUUGUGCAGAUGUGGCAACUGCCCGAUCCUUGAUGUGGGAUUUCUUGGAGGCUUUUCCGCAAACAAAGGUACGACGAGAUGACGUAAAGACUUGGGAUGACAGGUAUGACUGGCUACCCAACCCUAGCAAUGGCAUUCUGCAUGGCUUCGGUUUUGGCCAAUCCGACUUCAUGUGGCACCUGCGGCUGCUUCCAAAGGUGAAGGCUGCCUUUGCUGCAAUAUGGCGAACUGACGAUCUCUUGGUAUCCUUCGAUGGCGGAAACAUAUUCCGGCCCUGGAGAUACAAACGAGAUUGGCUGACCGCAGGAGGCUGGUUUCAUUGUGAUCAGAAUGCACGGUUCGAGGACAGCAAGGGCAAAGUUUGCGUACAGGGUCUUGUCACACUGUUUGAUGCCAAUGCCGAAUCGGGUGGUCUCGUGGUGAUUCCUGGAAGCCAUCGCUGCCAUGAAGCCAUCUGCAAAAGGAGUGUGUUGGCCAAGCGGGCUGGUGACUUCGUGCCGAUUGCUUUGGACGAUCCAAUCCUGAAGCAGGGGGCCGUUCUCCUCCGUGCUCAAGCAGGAGACCUGUUGCUGUGGGACUCGCGCACAGUCCACUGCAACACGCCUUCCCUCACUGCUUCGGAGGUUGAAGUUGACCCUGUUCCUCGACCUGAUGGCUGGCAACCAAUCCGUCAGGUUGGGUAUGUUUGCAUGACACCACGCAAGUUCGCUUCUCGGGAAGUGCUGGAAAAGCGAAAGGAUGCCUUUGUCAACAAUGGCAGCACAAGCCACUGGCCCCACAAGUUCGUCUCUGGUGGUUAUCCGCUACCGACUGCAGUGCCAAAUGACCCCCAGAAGAUCUCUGAG